CAAAAAUGAUCAGGUCCACGCCUUUCGACCACACGAGACGUUGUGAACGAUUGCAUUGAUUGUGUAUGGGAUGCACUUGUGCCUGGAAACCCUCUAUGACAUGAACGCCGUGGACCGCUGUGCUCUUAUAGGGACUGUAUGUAGAUAGAAGUAAGCACAUGGUAGGUUUUGGGGGAUUAAUUGUGCACUAAUGAUGCACUAUUCAAGCUGGCUUAUUGGCGUGAAAAACAGGGCAAGCCUUCGAAAUGCAUGCAAAACACCCCCUAACAUCGACUGGAACAAUAGGGGAAAUGUUGUGGACAUGCAGAAUAAUAACCCGGUGCCGAAUGAAAAGACAUCCGAGCAGAAUAUCGCGCAGCACCUCUGGAAAAAAGGCUACAAAGUAAUAAAAAAAAUCGGAGAGGGCACGUUUUCAGAGGUGGUGAAAACUCAGAGCCUGAAAGAUGGAAAGUUCUAUGCAUGUAAAACCAUGAAGCAAACGAUAAACAGUCUGGAGCAGGCCAACAACCUGCGUGAAGUCCAGGCUAUGAAAAGACUAAGUCCACAUACAAAUAUCAUCCAGCUUCAUGAACUGAUUUUUGACAAGGAAACUGGAACAGUGUCUCUGAUUUGUGAGCUGAUGGAGAUGAACAUCUAUGAAUUCAUACAAGGAAGAGAAACACCACUGCCUGACUAUACAGUAAAGAACUACAUGUACCAGCUUUGCAAGUCUCUUGAACAUAUGCACAGCUGUGGGAUCUUUCACAGAGAUGUAAAGCCAGAAAACAUCCUCAUCAAACAAAGUGGUCUGAAGCUUGGUGACUUCGGCUCGUGUCGGAGUGUGUACUCAAAGCCACCACACACUGAGUACAUCUCCACACGCUGGUACAGGGCCCCUGAGUGCCUCCUCACCGACGGCUACUACAGCUUAAAGAUGGACAUGUGGAGCGCUGGAUGUGUCUUCUUUGAGAUCAUGAGUUUGAAUCCUCUUUUCCCUGGAACUAAUGAGUUGGACCAAGUUGCCAAGAUUCAUGAUGUGUUGGGGACACCAGAUCAAAGUGUUCUCAAAAAAUUCAAGCAGUCUAGAGCGAUGCACUUUAAUUUCCCUUAUAAAAAAGGCUCUGGUAUCUCACGGUUAAUUCCUAACUGCCCUGCUCCAGCUCUGUCGCUGCUUUAUCAGAUGCUCGCCUAUGACCCAGAUGAGCGCAUCAGUGCAGAAACAGCCUUGCGGCAUACUUACUUUAGGGAAAUCAGGCUGGCAGAGAAAAAAACAGAAACCCUUCACAGGAUUUCUGAGACUAUGGAUAGAGUAGAAAGUAGUGGGAUGCACAACUCCUUAGACCACAUCUGGCGCCCCGGCAAACUUGGCAAACAGCUGAGGGGAAGACACACGAGGCAAACACCUUUAAUGAGUCACAACAUGAAGCAUGUAGCAGAACCCCUCAUCAGAAGGAACAUCCCCCAUUAUCCCACAGAGCUGCCAAAGCUCAACAUGGUUGUUCCAGGACCGCAGAUCUCUUUCCCUGUCUCCACGAUGCCUGCAUUCACUGUCACCCACCGGGGCACACUGCCAACCAUCACAUCAAAAAAGUGCCAGUCAAGGUUGACAAAGCCCCGGGAUGAGUCACACCGUGCAGCUUUUAAGACCUUCUGCAUGCCACCACUGGAUAGGAAACAUGGAGGCUACUAAGAGCCAAAAACAGGUUUUGGUUCAAAUUUGCCUUUCUGUAAAAAACAGGAAAGACCAGAUAAACAGAAUGCUGAGAGGACAAUGUCUGGACAGGUCUGGUGCUAUACUCUGUAAAGGAACACAAGUAUGUUUGAGAAAAAAAAAAGAAGGUAUUCCUCAUAUAAUUAAGACCGCCAAGCCUGUUGUGUUUAACUGUUGAACUGUCUCUGUAAUGAUCUCUGCUCAAACAAUAAGUCUGUUAUAUUAUGUUGGAUUGGGAGUGUGUAGUUCCAUUUUGACCUCAGUUUUGCUUGACCCAGUCAGGUGUUACAUGUUUACAGCCAUUUAGAAAAAUACUUCAGGCUGAGCCGAUUACACAUGCUAGCAAUAAGAUGUUUGCCGAGUGAUGAGCCGUUUACCUGAGCUGAAUUUGACGGUGUCCCUUCUUUGAUGAGAAAUUCAGUCAGAUUCUUGAAAAGCAGUUGAAAAGUGGUCUUUUUCUGUUUGUAUUAGUGUUUCUUAGACUGUCAGACAAAAAAAUAAAUAAUAUAGACUCUAAGAACUGAUCAGAAGCAAGUCAAAAUUUAGAAUAUCUUGCCCUUCUCUGUACAUACAUUAAAUAUCAGCAGUAUUUGUAAGUUAGCAUAAUGCCAAUACCUGAAUGUAAUAGUGACAAACAGGGUAACUGGGAAAACACAGCAGCAGGUGAGUUUAUGUCCUAGUCAAAAUUGUAUCAUAAACAAAUAUUCCAACACAUUUCCGGUAGGACGAUUGAAGGUCAUUCAUUUUUAUAAUAUAAUGGGGUAUGUAAAUGUCAGGAAAAGGCAAAGUCAGUUGCUAGACUUUGCAUGGCUGCUAAAGCAAUCUUGACUUGUCACAAAGAAGGCAGAGACACACUCUUGAAUGAUCUAAAAUCACACACAGGAGCUUUAAUUAAGCUGGAAAUUACAAUGGUAGAGUGAGUUUUGAGUGGGUUUGAUUUCCUUAGAGAAGCACUGUGUAUCUUUUUAAUAGCUGUGAAAGGAUUCCUCAGGACAAACUGGUCUGAAGGGCAGCGGUCUUGUAGUACAAAAAGGAAACCGACAAUUUCAGUGGAGUGAAUUGAAAAUUAUAAGCCACAACAGUCAUAGGAAGAAUCAUUUCAAGGCACAUGGUUCAUCUAAUCUACCAGACUUUACCCCCCUCCACUUGCGUAAGACUACCUUGUAUAUGACAACUGUUGGUCAAAACUUGCAGACUGGGCCUGAGAAUCAUUUGUUUGGUAUGUUGCUUGGCCAGUACCCUCUCGUCACUACCUUGUACUGUGGCUUUAAAAAAAACACAGUUUCAUUUAGAGCUGAGAGCUCUUCAAAGUGGACAGUGACUCAGUCUGAAGACAAAAAUAAAGAAAUGUUGACAGACACCUAACUUUGAUGUUAUUGAACCUUCAAAGUAAAAACCUGAAUCUCCUCAACCGUGUAUGUUUAAUGCCCUGACACACAAAUGUUAGAUCAAAUUAAUGAGAAUUCCUGAUGUUUUUUGAUGAAUAAUAAAGGGGAAAAUGUAAUCUGUUUAAAUAUGUGCUUCACCAACUAAUGUAUGGGUCACUGGACUAUUUGAUGUUUGGUAAUCAAACACGAAUAAAUACAUGAAUACUGCAGUCAACA